CUACUGUGUACCUGUUGUCGCUGUUUUGUUUUUCCCUAGCAGAUCUGAAUGGGCUGUCCGUUUACAACAUGCGUAUGCUGUUGUCACUGAUGCCGUUUAAAUUAUUGUUCACAAAAUUGUGAAAUGAGCGGCGGCUAUAAUGGCCCUACUCUUUCUUUUUUCCCUUUUUCUACGCCCUUGUCUCUCUUUUUCUUUUUCUUUUUCUUUUCCUUUUCCUUUUUUUCUUUGUCAUUACCUUCCUUCCUUCCUUUCCUUCUUCGUUCCUCAUUCAUCAACUCCUCAUUCAUCCUCUCCCCCCCUUCCAUUGCAAAACAACCUCCUCUUUGCAUCGUUUCAUAUUUAAAUAUUUGUGAGACCGUUCCUGAACAGAAAACAAGUUUUCCAAUCAGAUUUUCUUUCUCUUAUCACUACACAUAUUCCUAUGUCCCACUUGUCUUUUGACUGACCUUUUUGACGACACUUGACGAUAUAAUUCAUUCAUUCACCAACUCCCCUCCUAUCAACCUCAACUCGGCCCAACUCUUGUUUUCUCGACUCUGUUCUCGCUUUAUAAAGCUUUGAUAACCCUUGGAACAUAUACA